AUGAUGGCGUCGAACAUCGGCACGCCGUUUCCGCAGCACGUGCAAAAAGCGCCGGGACAAACGAACAAAUAUGUGGCGUUGUGGUAUCGUCACGGCAAACCGGUGAUGGGACGCGCGUGGAACGACAGCGGUGUGGUGCAGUGCACGUUCGUCGUCGACGGCAAAGUGUUCAGCGGCGGCGACGUCGGCGGACAAAUUCAGUUGCUCAAAUUCGACGUCGAUUCGGAGGCGAAGAGGUUCCAUUAUGAUUGGGUGCCGUACGCGAAAGCGCGGAGUCUGUCGAGCGAGGGACGAUUUGAGAUGGUCCGUUGCGGCACGAGCACACCGUGCUAUUGGACGAAAUUCGAGUUGCUCGGCAAUUUGGAUACGGCUGAAAAAGUCGCCAAUUUCGUCGAGGACAAUGGCAAUCAUGUGAAAACUACGCGCGACGUGUCCGAUCUUCACGUGUUGUGCAAAAUCGACGGGCGCAAAUGCUCCGCUGAGGAUCAUCGACUCGCCAAAGUGAAGAAGCCGUUGUGCAUCAACGAGUGGGAGGACUACAAUUGGGGAAGCGCGUGGCCGUCGCAUCGGCCGGUGUUGGCGGCGCCGCCGAACGCGAGCCAAGAGCAAUUCGUCGCGUUGUGGUAUCGUCACGGCAAACCGAUAAUGGGACGCGCGUGGCCGGUCGGCGGCAAAAUCGAGGCCUCGUUCAUCGACGCGAAUCGCGAAUUCACCGGACCCACCGUCGGCUCGCUUCAGCUGCUCAUCAAACUGCCGGCGACGACGAGCGGCUAUGAGUAUGUGUGGUUGCCGUACGAGCAGGCCGCCGAUUUUCAGGACAAGAAUUACAUGCCGGUCCAUAUGAGCUAUGUGGCGCCGGCGUUGUUUUCGAUUGAGAACGCGAAAUUUCUCGGUUGCGUCGACAUGAAGAAUGAGCGGGCUGGGGUUGUCGUCAAAGGCAAAAUUGUUCAGUGGGAAGGCGGCCAAGUCAAAACUCUGCUGGUGUUGUGCCGAAAAGAGCACGAAGAAUCGAUGCUGGUCUAA